AUGGAGAACGAUAUCUUGGAUUCAUUGAAUGAUUUGGGCUAUGAAGGGCCACUUGCAGAUGAUGUUGCCUUUGCGAAAGCUCUUGAUGGAGGUCCGAAAUCGCUUGAAUAUACUAAAUUAGUCCAUAUCCUAGCAGAAGAAUUAAAACAAUUAUGUAAAGUUGAAGAAACAGUAAAUAUGAUGAAUGAUCCCGAUGAAUCAAGUGCAUUCUUAUUAGAAUUAAGUUCUUUUCUAAAAGAGCUUGGAUGUCCUUAUAAAAAACUAAUCACUGGUCAUAUGUCAUCCCGUCUUCAAAGUAAAGAAGAUAGGCUACUUCUGCUAGAUUAUUUAAUAUCUGAAUUAAUGGCGGCAAGAAUGGUCAGUGUUGAUAGUCCAAAUGAGAAGAAAGCUGGUAUGGAGAUAGUCAUGCAAGAAUCUCCUACAGCGAAAGAUUUAAAGGACAUAUUAAUACAACUGAAAUUCAACAAACCACCACCAAAUAUUACAGCGGAAAUGUUGUUUUCUAAAUUAGAAGCAAAGCUCAAAGAUACUGUACAGAAAGAAGGUGAACAAUUAGUGGGUAAGCCGUUAUACAAUAAAGCUUUAUCGGAUAAAGAAUGGAAGCAAUUAGAAACAACAUUUACAGAAAUGUUUGAAGAAUAUAGGUUAAGGAGAGAAACUCUUAUUACAAGAUUGGAAUGCACUAUACAAAGUUUUGAGUGGUCAGACAGAUUAAAAGCCAAAAAGGAUCUUAUCCAAUCCACAUACAGACCUAAAAGAGAACAUUUGAAAGUAAAACCUGAUAUCAAGUUCUCAGAUUUCCUAGCAGCCAGAACUUCUCUGUUGCAAAUUGAGAAAACAUCGAAUGCAAAUGUUAGGAAGAAUACUCAGAGUGAUGUCAAUAAAGUUAUUAUUGGAAAGGUGCCAGACAGAGGCGGUCGUCCAAAUGAACAACAGCCACCGCCCCCCGAAAUGCCCUCUUGGCAACAAAGGUCUACACCGCAGGGUGGUCGAGGCGGUGCUCGGGGCGGGGGUGGUGGUCAACAACGUGGUGGUGGUAUGGGUGGUGCUGGUGGUGGUGCCGUUGGUGGUGGUCAGCAGAGAGGAGGGGGUGGUCGAGGCGGCGGUAGAGGGAGAGUGCAGGGCGGAUACAAUCAGGGUGAUCAGAGACCACAAUCCAGUCAAUCAAACAACAGUUCACGCAAUUAUCAAACCUACGAAGUGCCACCGGGUGGUUACAACCAAUACCAAAACCAAGGUUACAACCAAAACCAGAGCUACGAUAAUCGCGGCUACAACCAAAACCAAGGAUACAACAGCAACCAAGGUUAUAACCAGAAUUAUAAUCAAGGUUAUGAUAGUGCCGGUGGCUAUAACCAGGGUUACUCCAGUAAUCAAGGAGGCGGCUACAACAAGGGCUACCAAACUGCCCAAGGCUACCAAUCUCAAAAGUAUCAAAACGAGCAUGAUGAUAGGGACAGGCGAGGUCGUGGCGGUUACCGCGGAAGACGU